ACUACUUGCAGUCUCGUUUCAGUGAACACAAACCGCACAUCAAUGGCGGCUGCAGGGGAAGAGAUGACGACGACGGUUAAGGAAGGCGCCAACCUGUUGGGGAAGCCAAAGUACAAGAAAAUCGAAAACGGGAGAUUCAGAUGCGUACAAACAGGUCACGAGCUCCUCGAGAAAGACAAGAAGGUGUAUUCAGAGAGUAAACGGUGCCGUUUAGGGCUUAUCGAUCAUGCCUUAUCCCACAACAAGCCACCACUUAACUUGUUCGAACAAGACCCGAGCUCUAGUUCGAAACUGAAAUGUAAGCUGACGGGUGAUACGGUGAACAAGACUGAGGAACAUAUUUGGAAGCAUAUCAAUGGACGACGUUUCCUCAACAAGUUAGAGGAGAAGGAGAGAGAGAAAGAGUCUGGAGCUAUUCCAGAGGAAGGUGGAGAAACUGUGGUGAAGGAGAAUGGCGUAAAGGAAGAAAAGAAGAAGAAUAAAAAGAAGAAGAAGAAGAAUAAGAAGAAUAAGAAGAAAAACAAGAAGGAAGAGAAUGGAGAGGAUGUUGUUAUGGAUGAACUCCAACAUGAGAAUGAUGAAGAUGUUGGAGGGCAGGAGGAGCUUGACUUUUGGAUGCCACCAGAUGGAGAGAGGUGGGACUUUGAUGAUGGAGGAGACCGGUGGGGAUCAGAUUCAGAAGAGGAAGAAGAAAAGAAUGGGGAAGAAGAUCCAAUAGUAGAUGAAAUGGAUGAAGAUGGAAAUAGUAGCUUGGAUGACUGCAUAAUAGGUGAAGUUGAUGAAGAUGGCGAAAAUAGUUUGGAUGAAACUCUCGAAAGCAGUAAAAAGAGGAAGCCUGAAGAACUCAGUUCCAAGAAGAACAAGAAGAAGAAGAUCAAUACAACAGCUUCAUAAAUCUGAUCUCUCUCUUAUGCUCUUCCUGUUUUUUGCAUUUUCACUUAGUGCUACGUGUUUCAUUCACCUUUAUGUGUUCAGUUUUGAUAGUAUUUAAUGGUGAGAAUAAACAGGUUAAUGAUUCCUCUAAUGAGUCGAUGAUUCGGCCA